AUGGAAGAGGCAGGCAGGUUGCUUUCCACCAUCGAGCUUGAUGAGUUCACCAUCAAGGAGGUUCAGAAUGGCUGGGAGACGGUCGAAAAACGGCUGGGAGGUGCUAAAGCUGCCGGCGAGGAAGUGUUUGGUAAGCUGAAGAAUGAAGUGCCGAAGACACAGGGCAUGCUUACCAGAUCGAGCACUGUUUGGCACCUCACUUCCGAGUUGAUGCAAUCUCUGGAUGAGCCGAAGCUGGUGCAGAAACGUCUGGAGUACAUCGCCUUGCGCCACAUGAAUGCGGAUAUCACCACCGCCGAUGUCGAGGUGUUCCGCAACAUCCUGUUUGAAGUUUGUGCAUCGAAGCUUGGCGGUCUCAUGACUCCUGAGUUCCAGUUUGGACUUGGUCAGAUCGUGGUCGCCGUGGGCACCUCUUUGGCCAAGACACACGAGCACUAUGCGGCGAGGCUGAAGCUGCUGACCACGUGUUGGAAGGAGGUGAAUGCCAAUGGCGACGACGAGCAGGAAGGACAGGGUCAUGGAAAUGCGGUUCAGGAAAAUCCCGAGGAGGAGGGCGAGAAGGAGAAUCAGACGGAGCAGGCAAAGCCCGAUUCGCCCCGCAACGCGGACGCUGGUGGAAGCAAGGAGAUUGAGAAGGGUGAGAAAGAGGCUGAGCAGGAAGGACAUGGCGCGUGGAAGGACAACUCCAACAUGAACAUUCCGAAGACCUUCGCUGCCAUGGCGCGGUUCAAUGCCGCCGUCAUGGGUACCGGAGACCGGAUGUGGUUUGCUGACAUGCUCUAUGCCAUGGAAUCUCUCGUGCCUUACAUUGGCAACAUCGACCGAGUGCAGGAAGACUGCGAUGUGUUGACUCUCACCCUCGCGAAGUAUGAGAAAGUCAACCUCAAGGAGUUCCGGUCUGUGAUGUUUGCCAGCCUCAGAUCCCUCCUGCCCACCACCUGGAGCUCGGAGCAUGAAAACGCUUGGGCCUGGUUCUGGGGCAUUGUGGAGAAGAAGGUCGAGGAGAACAAGCAGCUCCCCGUGCACAACCACCAGUGCCUCAGAACUUUCCUUGCCCGCAUGGAUGAGGAGACCCUUGCUGACUUCAAGCUCAAGGUCUUUGAUACCUUCUUCGCAACGACGGAGGAGUCGCAGCUUUACCUGCGGGCGGCCAACAAGCGCCUGAUGUACAUCAUGGGACGGAUUUUGACGAUCAUGUCCGACAUCUACACGAAGACCCAUCAAGCGGUUAUUGCCCUGUCUGCUCUUGGCCUGCUCCAUGCAGGACAUGGGGUCCCCGAGGAUUUGGUACGCCCAUUCGUUCAAGCCUUCAUGGGAGGAAUCAAGCAGAACUGUCCGGAUGAGUCUUUGCAUGAUGGGCUUUGGUGGACGCUGGACCUCAUCGGCAGGAUCUUCAUCCGAACUUUGGCGGAGGGCUCAACACCUGUGAUCAUCGCCAUCAACAGGAACACGUCCAAGGCCAUGAAAACGGCUGUCGCGAACUAUCCGCGCGGAGAGCGCGAGGUGAUCUUGCUCAAGGUCCAAGUGGGCACUGAGUCCAUGUCUCCCCUCAUAUGGGCCAUUGAGAAGGGUGCCUUAGAGAGUGCCAAAGAAAUCCUCAACGACCUGCUCACCAUGCGCGCAGACCGUGCGCGGUACUACUAUGGCAUGGAAAUGCUCUUCACCCGCCACUCGGACAUCAUCAGCCUGCUGUGCACCAAAGCGCCAUCGUUGCUUCCCACCUUGUUCGAUGGCCUCAUCUGGCGUUCCAAGAAUGUCAAGAAUGGUAUGCGUCGUGCGAACUACUACAUCGCUUCCUUGCUGAGAGAUGAAAAUGGCCAGCUAACGGAUUCUCUCCUUGACCUGAUCAAGCAAGGAGAUCCCGAGAUCAUUUGCCAUCCCACCGUGGUCUUCCAAGCGGAUCUGCUCUGGACUCGGCUCUGUUGCCUGCCCUGGGCCCUGACGAAGUGUUGGUUCUGCCUCACUCUCGUCCUUUAUGUCAUGGCGGAACAGCAAGCCAUUGUUUCAAGUGAUCCGUUGAGCACUGAUCGAUUCACGGUGAUUGCUUGCCGGGCAUUGCUUUACGUUUGCAGCCUGGGGCAGCUUUUCGCGAAGCAUGCAUUCCAGACAUACAGAGCUGUUCGCCAGAAGGAGAUGACGCGAUAUUGCUGCAUGCCGGUGCCCAAGUAUGUGCUGCGGACGCGGCAGGAGCUAAUCGAGGUGCUUCUACUGCUCCUCCUGCUGUGCCUGCUAUGCAUUGAGCCAGCACUCCACUGUCUUGCCGUCAGUAGCGAGUUCCUCAUCGACUGCUGCGAGUACGGAGAGUGGCAAUGCAACCUCAUGCACAGUUACAACCGCCUCGCUGCCUUCCCGAUGGUGCUCUACUUUAUACUUGCCUCUGAGUUGGUACACCUAAAUGUCCACCUCUCCGUCUUCAGCGUGAUUUGUUCGAGCCUCAUGUGGGAGUUCCUCUUGUAUGUGGCAGUCCUCAUUUUCUUCACAGCGGCUUUUGCUUCGGCAGUUGCUUGCUUGCCGCAGUCCAUGGGCUCGGAUUCUGUUCAGAUGAGGGACUUCUUCAGCUGGCCUAUUGCCUUUGAGUCCUUGUUGUCCAUGGCUUUCAACACCUAUGGCAGUGACAACUACGAGCAGAUUGCGCAGGAAGACGAACCGAUGUUGAAAUGGUUCGUCAUGGGCUUCGCUGCUUGCUGGCACGUGUACCUGAUGAAUUUGAUGGUGGCCCAGCUGUGCCAGCGCUACAACGAGAUAUUCCACGAUGCACGCGGCAAUGCCCGGCUCACACGCGGCAUCAACAUCUACGAGACGUCAAUGCCACUGAUUUCCAAGAAGCGGUGGACUGCCUUUGUCGAGUCCUUGCGUUUGGAGGAGGCUUGCGAGCUGGACGAGGGCGACAACGGACCGCGCGGUGCGGUGCCCACCACAGAGGAUCCCUACGACUACUUGCAAUACCCCAAAGUAACGCUGGACCGUGUUCAGCGAUAUGGAGGACUUGCAAAUCCCGAGCUGCCCUGGCCGUCGCUCGAGGAGGCCAACGAUGACAGUGCGGUCGGCAAGUUGACGCGGAUGACGCAAGCCAAGUUUGAGGAAAUGGACCGGCUGAUGGUGGAUAUGGCCAUCAAGCUUCAGGUGCGCCCUCCAGGCACCGCCGGUGGCACCAACACCUUCGCAGCAAGCCAUGCCUCCCAACAGUCACAGCAACGUGAUGAAAGCAAGCAGGUUGAUCACGACCAAGAUCAUGAUGCAUUGAAGGAGUCGACUGAGGACGUUGCAGACGAACUAGGUUUGAAUGAGAGGACCGCCAACGAGCUUCUGGAGGAGCGCACGGAGGAAGGCGAGACGCUGGCGACGACGCCGUAUGGCAUCAACCCCAGCGAGAAUCGCAGCCCUAGCGCCGUGCAGACUUGA